AUGGACAGAACGAAGAAAAACGAAAUUGCUAUUGACACAAGUGACGAUCUUGGUGACGAUACGGAAAACUCGAAUAAUUCCGUUGAAGCUGUAAGGGAUUGUUCAGUACGAGACAAAAUAAAUCUAUCCUGGGAAUCCAACUACUAUGAUUCUUUUCAUAAUAAACAUAAGGACGGUAUUACAACGCCACCAUUCGUAAGCAUUAUGAUAACUAGCAGUCAAGAUGAUGUUGAUACGUUACAAAAUGAAACUGGGAUAUCAACUGCACAGCCAAUCAAUUGCACAGAGGAUACGAGUUUAUCUUUUUUUAAAGAGUUUACUCAAGAUAGUACGUCGAACGAAGGGUCGGAGAGAUCUGUCGUCUAUAAACGCAACCGUCGGCACUCGAGCGAUGCAGACAUUAAUAGGCCUUGGAAAAUAACAAAAUGUACUAGGUCCAGUACUACCACUUCAUCUGAGUCGACAGAGCCUAAAGUCACCACCGAACAGUCUGCUUCAUCGACCCAAUUGUCCAGUGGUUCUGACGUAUCAUUUAAGUCUAUACUAAGUAGUCCUUCCUUCAAAGUAAGGAAGAGACGAUUGAAAUCAGAAUCCAGCUUGUUUAAAGAUGCGUUGCAGAGAUCUAGGAAGCCUUAUCGUGGUAAAGCAAAUCAAUCUGGACAUAAUUCUCAAGGAGGUACACCCAGGAAGGAGAGGAACGUAAGAAGAAACAGCAGGAGUUGGAAAUUCGUGGACCUGUGUACAUGGAUCGGUAGGAAGGGGUACCAAUCCAUCACAGGAUUAUAUUCAGACAUAUUGCGAGAACCAAUGGGACAAAAAGAAAAUACACACGUAGAAGAAAUAAAGGAACUACGGAAGUAUCUGGAGCAAGUGGAUAUGAAGCAAUCGCGACUCACCCGGGAGAACGAGGUUCUUCAAGAGCAGAUGACGAAAAUGAUGAGAAAAGUGGAAGAGCUCGAAGACAAAGUCAGACAUCAAGAAAGUCAACUGGAGUCCUGUGCCUUACCUAUACAGGCGCCACCUCCUCCCCCACCCCCGCCUCCGCCGCCUCCACCGCCUCCACCGUUACCACCCAUUCCACCACCUCUGCCUCCAUCACAAACACAGCAACAGUCCAAACCAUUGGCACGAUCGCACACGAUACCUAGAUGUGGCUCGGCCCCACCAAGAAUCGCCGGUCCCAGACUGACUAUUACGCCGCAGGAUAUAGCCAAUGUUAAAUUAAGAAAAACUAAGGAUAAUCCUGUGCAUUCGAAACUGCCUCCGAAAAAUGGACAUUUGCCUCUGGUGACACAGCAGAUGCUACAGACCACGCGAGCUAAACUGGGCCGCGCCAAGCCUGUAGCCGCUUCAACACCUAAACAACAAUUGUUGUUGUCAGAGUUAGAAAAAUGCUUACUACAGGAGACGUCAGUUGCGUCCCUGUAUAGGCGACGAGUCGCGAGAAAUUCGGUCCGCAGCACUGAGGAGCUUCGACCAAGGCCAUACCCGACUGCGCGUUGUCCACGCUCCCCACGUUCGCCACAUUCGCCACGCUCCAGCUCUCUACCUCGUCCAGGAACUCUUGUAUCACCCUUGAAAUUUCCUAAUAUAUCAUUAACUAAUAUAACUUAAAAAACUGCGAGUUUAGCUUAAUUAUUUUAGUAUUGUUCAACGAACAUCUCAAUUGCAACUAAUGUAUUGGUUACAAGUUGUAAGAUCUGAUUUUUGAUAUUUUUUAUGAUGGAUUGGUAUCAUAAUGUAUUUUUUAAUUAUUCAUAUAUUAUAAUACUCAUAAUAUUAUAUUAUUAUGUAACUUCAUCAUAUUUAUAAUUUGAUUAUGCCUAUUUAUGUGCAAUGUUGCGUUAAGCAAAUACUUAAUUUAAAAAAAAACAUGUAAUAGCAACAGCUUUACAACUUAAAAAGUAAUUAAUUUACUAAUAAAUAAUGAUAUUCAUUUUCAAAUUAAUUUUAAUUAAAUUACAAAAGGUAUCUCUAAUUCUGCUACCUGAUAUAUUACUAUAGAACUGCGAAUAGAA